AUGUUUUCGCAGCACUGUGCUGAUUCCUUUAUAGUGAUGAAGCAUAACAGGCUCUUUCUCAUUUUUUUUCCUUUGCGGAUGGAAAUCAAUCGUCUGAAGCGAGGUGAAAGAACAGAUAGAUAUUUGCGGCACGAGGUUGUCGAUCGAAAUGUUGCAAAAACCUAUCCAAUAGCUUAUGGCAUGAAUACGUGA